AUGAAAACUAGAAGAUCGACUAAAACAAAAUUAUCACCAUUUGAAACGACAAAAGAAGAUGAAGUGCCUCGUAAAAAGCCAAGAUAUUCACAUUACCGAGUCGAAAUUGAAAAAAAUGAUAAGAAAAUGGAAGUUGAUGAUGUAUCAGAAACAUCAUUAUCAUCAUUAGAAACAUCAUCAUCAGAAUCAUUAUCAUCAUUAGAAACGUCAUCAUCAGUAUCAGAAUCAUCGAAUCUCUAUAGUGCCAUUCAGAACCAGGACAUCAAGUUGGUUGACAAAUUUCUUAAACAAAAAAUCAACCUCAACGCCAUUCCAGAAGACUCAUCAUUACCAUAUCUUCAUUUAGCUGUUAAUUCUAGAAAUUUAAAUAUAAUCAAAAAGUUAAUCGACUAUAAAGCUGAGAUUGGUAUAUUUCAUGAAAAUAAAACUGCUUUACACCUUGCCGUUGAACAAGGCGAUAAAGAAAUAAUAAAAAUACUUCUUAAAACUAAAAAAAAUAAAUCUAAAAUCAAUGCAAGAAAAAAAGGACACGACACACCUCUCCUUACGUCAAUAAAAUUCGGGAACUAUGAAAUAUUUAAAUUUCUAGUUGACUCUGGUGCAUGUAUAAAAAUGAUCAUCCAUCAAAAGGAUCUUUUGCAUUAUGUUGCAAAAAAUAACGCUCAUAAAAUCGCUGAGUAUUUGAUAAAUCAAGGAGCUUAUGUUGACUCUUGCAUAAAAAAAAGAUAUUCACAAUUUUAUCAAUAUACCCCAUUAUGCAUUGCUAUAAAAGCAGAGAGCUUUGAGAUGGUUAAGCUGCUGGUUUAUAAAGGAGCGAAUAUUAAUGUCGAGACAAUAUGCCGGGGGAAAAAACCGUUACAUAUAGCGAUCGAGAAAGGUAAUAUCCAAGUGUUCAAAUUGCUUAAAGAUGCUGGCGCUGAUAUUAAAAAAUCCUACAAAGAUAUUUACCCUUUUCAUUGGGCUGCUUACCACAAUUCAGUUGAAAUAGCUCAAUACUUAGUUGAUAAUCGAAAUCUUGGUAUUAAUUCUUUAUGUUGUUCCUGUUGGUCGCAAUUUUAUCGAUAUACCCCAUUACAUAUUGCCAUUCAGCAGGAAAAUGUUGAAGUAACUAAAUUUAUUAUUAAAAACGGAAUAAAUGUUAAUAUUACUGGACGGGACGGUCAGACUGCUCUUACCAUUGCUAUUAAGAAGAAUAAUUUAGAACUCUUCAAUCUACUUUGGGAUCCUAAAUCUAAAUUUAUUAGUAAUUCAACUAGAGUAGUGUUACCUUUGCACCAAGCUAUUGUUGCCAACAAUGAUUUUGCGAUACAUUUUUUGAUCGAGUUUGGAGUUGAUAUUAAUGCUAUCUGUAAUUACCCAGUAUCAAAGUAUUCACAUUGUACACCUCUGCAGUUAGCUGUUGCAAUAAAUAACCUGGCAGUAGUGAAACUAUUAUUGGAGAAAAGAGCAGAUAUUAACAAGAGUACUGAAGCUAUGGGGACUCCUCUUGCAGUAGCGGUUGACAAUGAUAAUUAUAAACUCUAUAAUUUUCUAAUAAAAUCAGGGGCGAAUGUUAAAAUGCCUCUGCCUAUGACGUUACUACAUAGAUCUGUUAAUAUAAACAAUUAUCGUAUAACGCAAGAUUUAAUUCGACGUGGCUUAGAUGUUAACGCGUUAAAUGAACAUAAAAAACAUGAAACUUAUAAAUAUUCUCCAUUACAGAUUGCAGUCACAAGAGAAAAUCUAAAAAUUACAAAACUGCUCAUUAGAAGCAAAGCAAAAGUAAAUGAUGAAAGAUGUAUCAAAACAGCACUUGGUAUUGCUUGUGAGCAAGCUAAUUAUGAAUUAGUUAAAAUCCUUUUUGAAGGGGGAGCAAAUGUUAAUGAAAUUUCUGACGAAAAAUCCCCAUUGCAUUUGGCUAUCUGUAAAGGGAAUUACGAAAUUGUUGAGUAUCUAAUUAAAUGUCAAGCGGACGUUAAUAUAAAUAGUAAAAAUGAUUCACCUUUGCAUCUAGCAGUAAAAGCUAGAGAUAGAAAAAUGAUUGAGCUUUUACUCAAAAACAUCGCCUUGGUUAAUUGGUCUCACAUUAGCCAACCAAUUCUUAUGCUGGCCGUUGAAAAUUCAGAUUUUGAAGUAAUUAAAAUGUUAGUAAAUGCUGGCGCUGACGUAAAAGCUACAAAUAACAAAUUGUAUUCGCUGUUACGGUUAGCAAUUAAACAAAAUAGUUUUGAUAUAGUUAAACUGUUAGUCGAUUUGGGAGCUGAUCUAAACGCAAAUGAUGUUCCAUUGUAUUGGGCAGUAAGUGCAAAAAAUUAUGAAAUAACUGAGUACUUAAUUACUCAUGGAACAAAGAAUAUUGAUCAGUGUCCACCAUUUCAAUACACACCUUUACACGUCGCCGUAAAGAAUCAAGACAUAAAUAUCGUUAGUUUGCUUCUAAAAUUUAAUCCUAAUAUUAAUUUUGCCUAUAACUACCCGACAGUUCUUGGAUCAGCAAUUAAAACUUCCAAUUUAAAAUUAAUUGAAUUACUAUUAAAAUAUAAAGGUUUAGACAUAAAUGCUCCAUGUUAUGAUCAAUGUACUCCUAUCGAGUUAGCAGUUGAAAAAAAUAAUAUUGAUCUAGUGAAAUUAUUGUUAAAGUAUCAUGUUAACAUUAAUUUUCAAAUUGCCCAAAACAACCGAUGGUUUAUUUCUCAUGUUGGAUACGCUGGAAGAUUUGAAAUGCUAAAGUUCUUUAUUAAUAAUGAAAUUGUCGAGACUAAUUAUAAAGAUCCUAGCAAUGGAGAAACAUUUCUUCACUUGGCUAUUAAAUGUCGCUCUUUCAAAAAAGCUGAAUUCAUAAUACUAAAAGAAGACUUUGUUAAUAUUAACGCAUUGGCAAAUGGUGAGACUGCUUUCGACCUAGUAGUGAAAUAUGAAACGACUACAAGAUAUUUAUCUGAUCUUUUAUUAAAUUCUGGAAUUGAUAUAGGUGUUAUACCAAAUAAAAAAGUUAUUUAUUCUUCAUCAAUUAAAGAACAUAUGAUUAAACUAAAAGCUAGUGGUCACACUUUGAAUGAUUAUUAUCUAAAUAUCGUUAAUAAUAGCCUUAAUAAUUUUUUUCUCAAUAAUAUAUACAUCGAAUGUUUAAAAGAAAUCGAGUUGACUAAAAAUGUAGAGAUCGAUAGUACCAAACUUAGUUAUUAUGAUAUUUUACGUUUGAGUCAACACGAUAUUGCCAUACGGUUGAAUCAAUUUAAUGGUAAAAAGCUCGAUAAAAGCUCAAUAGUAUCACAGUUUCCUUUGUAUGGAAGUAUGAUUUAUUACAAACUGAUUAAAGCUUGUCAAAGAAAAGAAAUUUUAAUAAUAAGCACCGAGAUGUUAGCAAAAUUGUUGUACGACUUUAUCUAA